AUGAUAGUCAUACAGGUGAACACACAAGAUUGGGUUAAGGAUUUGUUGACUGAGUUUGGGAUUCGUCAUGGUAUUAUCACUUCUUUUGUUCACGACAAUGGAUCUAACAUUGAUCUAGCUGGUAGACUACUAGAAGAAGAGUUAGGUUGGGCAACAAUAGGAUGUGCUGGACAUACUCUACAGUUAUGCGUUAAUAGUGGUCUCAAGAUAAAUAGGAAAGUCGUCCAAGCAAUAUCUGCUUCUCGUAAGUUAGCCACACAUUUCAGAAAGAGUGAGCCAGCCAUGAGAGCUCUUAGAAUUUGGGAGUCUGACAUGAAAGUCCCAUCACAUAAUCUAAUACAUGACGUCUCAAUGAGAUGGAACAGCACGUAUUAUAUGAUUGAUUGUCUCUUUGAACAAAGAUGGCCUAUUACAGCAGUUUUAUCAGAUAGUACUGUUACUAAGAGUAGUGACAAAUGCUUAGAUCUGAAGAGCAAACAAUGGGAUAUUCUGGAGCCAUUACAAGUCAUCUUAGGCCCACUUGAGGUUGCAACAACUUACCCGAGUGCGGAAUACAACUUGUUGAUUUCAGCAUUACUACCUGUUCUGUUUGGCUUAAUAAAAUUACUGGAAACCUUGGACAGUGAUACAUCUACCAUUCGACAAGCUAAAGUUGAAAUUUCAAGUCAAAUUCAAAGAAGAUGGAACCUCAACAAUUUAUUAAUUGCAAAGGAUAACUUUUACUUAAUGUCAUCAUUUCUAGACCCAACACUUAAUAAUUGCAAGUUUCUUAACACCCAUCCGAAAAUGGAAGUAACGCUAUUGCUUAUUCAGCUGUUGACAGAAAUUAAGGAGAGUAACUUACCACACAGCAGUUCCGAGGAAAUUGGAAGCUCAGCCUCAAACACAGUCUUCGUCAUUAUCAGCUUUAGAUAUUCUUUUAGGAACGUCAGAAAAUGA